AUGUUGACACUCGUUCGCAAACUUUUCGCCAAUGCGGAUCGCGAGCGGGAGUUUCUUGAGGAGCGUAUGGAGCAGGAGAAUCGCUUCUUGGACCAAAAGCUAUUGGAAGAGGAGAUCGAUCGGCAGCGUCAGGCGAAUCCAUCCGAAAUGGAUGGCGUUAUUACCAACAAGAUGGGUGAACUCACGCAGGGAGUCGCACGUAUGGAAAUAGGAAACUGUUCAUCGAGAAAGGGAGUGAUCACCAGUUUGACCAGCAACAGUGGAGCCAUCGACAAGGUCCAUUUUUUCGAUAGUAAGGUGGCAGAGGAUAUAUUUCUGGAGUUGCAUGUCGGUUGUGUGGUGGAAUAUCUAACCUAUCAGCAGGAGCACGAGGAGAACGUACGAGUGGUCAAGGUGAAACGCAUCCUGGAGCAAAACUGGGAGGAUACAAACCAUAUUCAGAUCGAUGAAGCUGUGGACAAACUGAAGGACGAGAAGCCCACCUAUUUCAACACCCAGAUAAGAAGCGUCCUGGGCCUGAUUCGCCAGCGCCUGGCUUCCUCCAUCGACGUGGAGACGGAAUAUGGACAACUCACUGUGGAGCUGGACAACAUAGAGAUGACCUUCAUUCCCAAGACAGGGGAUCGCGUGCGCCUGGAGUGCAACAUUCAAUUGGACGACGGUUUCGUGGACAAACAGGGUGAAAUUCUGCAGGUGACCAAGGUCUUUCCCACGCGCAUCGAAGAGGCUGAGAAGUGUGUUGUGGAGCGCGUUUACACGGAUCUGGCGCUUCUGGGUCCGGAAAUUUACGUCCUAAAAACGGACCUGCCCACGGGAACAGACCUCCACUUGGGUGACUUUGUUCUCGCCGAUCUCAUCGAGUGUCAGUAUUCCAAAUUCACGAGACGCGCCAUUAAACUUAGACCCCUGGAGAAGAACUUUGGAGAAACGAGGGUUAUGUCCCAGGGUAGUAACUCAGGAUCUUCGAGCAGCGGACAUGCAGUCUCGAUAACAGGAGCAAACCGCUUCAUCACCACUGAGCUCUGGCAGAAACACACAAUUUCGCUGAAACUGAGCAACAAUCUGAACAGGAUGAUCCGCCUGGAGAGCAUCGUUGUCUCGAACGACAGUGAAUCCCAGUUGAGCGUGAAGGAACCGCUGGAACCCAUGGAAAUUGAAUGCGGCGUCGAAAAAACAAUAGUCUUCGAGAUUCACACCCAGUUUAUGGGCGAAGCCAACGAGAAAUACGAGCUGAACUUUGGUCGUUUUAGAGUUAAGCGCUCAUUCACGGUCAUCGUUUGCGAAACCAAAGAGGCAGCCGCCGAGGCCGAGAGGCGACUAAUAGCCGCCGAAAGUCUGAUGGCAACCGGACGCACGAUCCACCAGAGAUCCCGCUUCUAUGCCAACCAAGUGUGGUCCAACAAGAUGGAUGUGGUCCCGGGCGAACACGUGGUCACCAAGCGCAGAUUUUUGGCCCUGCGCUUGGGUUUCUUUGAGGUUCCUGAGAAGUUGCGUAAAAUCUACUUGACCGUUGAACGGCGCCAGGAACUGUGCGAUAUUCUGGAGCAGCACUAUUCCAGCAUGAAGGAACCGCUGGACUUUCGCAACUAUGUGCAGCGUUGGGGUUUGUUCCUGCACCUGGAGGAGAUCGAAUGCUUUGUGAGCUUCCGCAACUUCGACCGGGAUCGAGCCCAUUUCCAGCGAGACGGGGAGUUCCUGUCGCUGCAGAUCGAGAAUCUGGCCGAGCGUCGUCCAUCGCUGGUCGUGGGCGAUGUAGUGCGGGCCAUAAAUCCCUGGGCGGAUGCCGAUUCCAAGGAAAACAAAUGCUACGAAGGCAUCAUCCACAAGGUGCUUUUCAACAGGGUACUGCUGAAGUUCAACGCCAGUUUCCAGCAGAAAUACAACGGAGAGGAUUACCGACUGGAGUUUUAUUUCUCCCGCUUUACUUUUCGCAAGCAGCACCAUGCCGUCUCGAAAAUUGGCAGCGUGAUGGGCGAACACUUUCUGUUCCCCAGCAAGGUGACCAAGCGCGAGAAUCCCCAGCUGGAAGUGCGAAUGGAGGGUGAAGAUAUGUACCUGUACGAUUCGAAAUUGCCCUGGUACAAUCCAUCGCUCAAUAUCAUCCAAAAGCGGGCUGUUUAUAAUAUUUUAAAAGGCGAAGCAGAAGACAUUCCUUAUGUGAUCUUUGGCCCGCCGGGCACUGGAAAAACGGUGACGCUUGUGGAGACCAUACUGCAAUUGGUGCGGAAUCUACCAGGUGCUCGGAUCUUGGUGGGAACUCCCUCGAAUAGCUCAGCGGAUUUGGUGACCAAGCGAUUGAUCGAUUGUAAUGUGUUGCUGCCGGGAGAUUUCAUCCGUCUUGUGUCGCACAAUCAAGUGGAGAGGGAUGCAAUCCCGCCCGAACUGAUGAGCUACUGUGCCACGGUGGACCACGGAAUGGUCGGCAGCUGCGAGGACAGUAUGGUGACCACCGAAUCGGGACUGAAACUGCGCUGCCAGAUGAAGUUCAUUGGGAGUCACCGAAUCACCAUCUCCACAUGCGCUACUUUGGGUAACUUUUUGCAAAUGGGAUUCCCGACGGGACACUUUACCCACGCACUUUUCGACGAGGCUGGGCAAUGCACCGAACCGGAGACAAUGGUGCCCAUUGUGAUGCUCACCAAGAAACGCAGUCAAGUCAUUCUGGCCGGAGAUCCUCGCCAGCUGCAGGCCGUUGUGAUCAAUAAGUUUGCGGGCGAAAGGGGAUUUUCGAUGUCCUUUCUGGAGCGAUUGCUGGAACGUUCGCCCUAUCGAAAGGAUCUUCAGCGAUAUCCCAAUAGCUCGGGCUACAAUCCCGCCGUGCUGACCAAGCUAUUGUACAACUACCGGGCAUUGCCUUCGAUUGUGAGCACUUACAGCAAGCUCUUCUACGACGACGAACUGAUACCGAUGGUCUCCGAAAAGGAUUCGCGGGAAUGUCAGCUACUUUCCAAACUACGUGUGGUUUUCGAGCCCGAAAAGGAUAUGCCGCAGGCGCAUGGCACGUUCUUCUAUGGAAUCACUGGCGAGAAUAGGCAGGAAGCGGACUCUCCAUCCUGGUUCAAUCCGCAAGAGGUAAAGGAGGUGUUCCUCAUGACCAUUGCCCUGUAUCGCGCCAAUGUGACGCCGGAACAGAUCGGCAUACUCACGCCCUAUGUGAAGCAGGUGAAGAUGCUGCGCAACAUGUUCAUUGGCACCGAUGUGGCCAUGCCGAAGAUUGGCUCCGUCGAGGAGUUUCAAGGACAGGAACGCGACAUAAUGCUGAUUUCCACAGUGCGAUCGACUGAAUCAAUCCUGCGGAUUGAUGCCCGUUUAUCUCUGGGAUUCGUACGUUGCAACAAACGUAUGAACGUGGCCAUUUCCCGGGCUCGAGCCAUGAUGAUUGUCUUCGGAAAUCCUUAUCUCCUGGCCGUCGACGAAUGUUGGCGGCAACUCAUCUUAUUUUGUGCCAACAACAACGCCUACUUUGGAUGUGAACUGCCACAAGCUGUCGUUAAUCAGGAGGAUGAAGAUAUCGACACAUUCAUCCCCUAACAUUAUUGCCAAAUAUCCUUAAGUCUACCAGACAAGUGCAUAUUAGACAAUAAAUUUUUUCCAAUUGA